UGGCCUCUUGGUAGACUUGUAGGGCCAGUCGGUACCGGUGUCCACCAUGCGUCCCGUCGUGUUCUGUGCGUCAUGCGCCUGAAGCAGCAGCAGAAGUAGCGGCGGCGGCAGUUCCUGAACGCACUAACUUGUUGGCGCUUCAUAAAAAGAAGGAAAUAUCAAUCUUAAUCCAAGCGUGUACAAGUCCACAAAAAACUUUGUUUAGCAUUAUUUUGGGAUGCGUUUGGACAGCUGGAUUUGGAUCGAGGGCUGUUUUUAAAUGUCACACUGGCGGGUUUGUGCCUGACGCGGCGAUUGUGGAGCCGCGCAUCGGCACCGCGCAUCCCAGUGUUUGCAGGUUUAUGACCAGUGAAUAUGCUGUCUAUAAACAGUUUGUUCAAAUAACACGCUUCUUAUCGUAAACAAAGUUUCUUUGCGUAUUUUUGCCGUCAUCCCAUUUUUGCAACAAACAAACGAACAGGCAUGUGCAUCCAGCGGAGAGAGAGGAGGGAAUUUUAAGAAAGGACGGAAGACCAACAGUCCAUUUUCUAUUCCUGACUCAGGGAAUAAGGGGUUCUUUGUUCCGGAGGAUAGUUUCAGAUGGUUCUAAGUUUACCCAGGAGGAAGGACAUGACUGGCCAAACCUUACUCCUGCUCUUCGUCCUGUCUCUUUCAAGCAGCAGGGCAGAGAAUGCAGAGGAGAGGCUGGUAAACUACCUGUUGGGUCCAGAACGCUACAAUAAACUGAUCAGACCAGCGGUCAAUAAGAGUCAGCAGGUCACCAUCUCCAUACAGGUGUCUCUGUCACAACUCAUUAGUGUGAAUGAAAGAGAACAGAUAAUGACGACCAACUUGUGGCUGUUUCAGGAAUGGAAUGAUUACAGGCUCAGAUGGGACCCUGAUAAGUAUGAAGGCAUUAAGAAACUGAGAAUACCAUCUAAACACAUCUGGCUUCCUGAUAUAGUACUCUAUAACAAUGCUGACGGUGUGUACGAAGUUUCCUUCUAUUGUAACGCUGUCGUCUCCAACACUGGUGACAUCUUCUGGCUUCCUCCAGCCAUCUACAAGUCGGCCUGUGCCAUCGAGGUGCAGAACUUCCCUUUCGACCAGCAGAACUGCACACUCAAAUUCCGCUCCUGGACCUAUGACCACACAGAGGUGGAUCUGAUCCUCACCAGUGACUUUGCCAGCCGUGAUGACUUCACACCAAGUGGAGAGUGGGACAUUGUCUCACUUCCUGCGCGCAAAAAUGAAGAUCCCAAUGACAUCACGUACUUGGACAUUACCUAUGACUUUGUGAUCAAGAGGAAGCCUCUGUUUUAUACCAUCAAUCUGAUCAUCCCGUGUGUGCUGAUUACUUCUCUGGCUAUCCUCGUGUUCUACCUGCCAUCAGACUGCGGCGAGAAAAUGACGCUAUGCAUCUCAGUUCUGCUGGCACUCACUGUGUUCCUCCUGCUUAUAUCAAAGAUAGUGCCACCCACCUCCUUGGCUGUGCCACUCAUAGGUAAAUACUUGAUGUUCACCAUGGUGCUCGUCACAUUCUCCAUUGUGAGCACAGUCUGUGUCCUCAACGUGCACCACCGCUCACCGUCCACCCACUACAUGCCAGACUGGGUCAAACGCCUAUUCCUAGUCCGCCUCCCCACCUUCCUCCUCAUGAGGCGCCCAGGUUCAUCCAACGUCCGCGAUAAGCUCCGUCGGAAGUAUGCCAGUAAGACUGCCACUGGUAAAAUAAACUCCCAGUACUCCAACAUCAGACUCGGUGGAAUAAGAACGGACACUGACUCCUUCUACGUGAACGAGGACUUAGUCCACAAAUUUUGCUGGAAGGGGACUGACAUUCCUGAUGGGGGUGGUGGGUUUUCAGACUUCCGAAGGCCUCUAGCUUCUCAGUGGGAUGCAGAUCUGGAGGAGGCAGUAGAUGGAGUGAGAUACAUUGCUGAACACAUGAAGACAGAAGACGACGAUGAAGGGAUUAUAGAAGAUUGGAAGUAUGUAGCUAUGGUGAUAGAUCGUCUGUUCCUGUGGAUCUUCAUCCUGGUGUGUGUGGUGGGAACACUGGGACUCUUCAUGCAGCCACUCUUUCAAAGCUAUAACACACCCACUGCAGAUGACACAGAGUACGGGGACUUCUAGGAUUUAUGUGAAGAAAAUUGUGAAAAAGGCAUCUGUCGUGGAAACUGUAACUAAGGAGUUACCAGGGUCCUGGCACGGACUGGUCUGGUUGGUUGGAUCUGAUACAUAACCAGCCAAGAACUCCACCCAGUGUCUCCAUCAGUGGACUCAAAGACCAAAUUGUCCGGUAACACUCACACCAUCUUAUUAGUUGUUGUUUUUUUAUAAUGGACAAUGCAUUGAUUCACUUGAAAGGAUUCUACCAUCACCAUUGGCAUGAAAACCUUUUUGAAAACUGGUUAGUAAAUAAUGUUAUAAUGGUGCUAAUGUAGUUCUGGAGCACAGUGUAAUGAACAAUCACAAAAUAUGCACACAAAAACUGGUCUUUGGUUGUGUUUGUGUCAUUUUUGGCUGACUGUGCUGCCGAAUAAACUGUUGGAGCUCUUUGCUACGAAGGAACAAUUGUAUUUUACAGCUCUAAAGUGAAAUACGAAGUCUUCUUUUCUGCAGUCCAACUGAUGUGCAAAAUAAUGCUGUACCUACAAAGACAUUAGAACAUCUUCCAGUCCUCAUGUGGCACUCUGCAAUGGACCAUACAUGUACUUUCUCUUUCCUCUCCACUUCUUAAAUGAAGCUGUAACAAAGAUCCACCUUGUCUCUUCAUAAAAAUAUUAAUGCACCAUCUCCUGCUUUCUUUCUCUUCUUGUUGUAGUCUGUUCUGCUUCAGAGAUUUCCACCGUCCAAGCAGCAUUGUAAUCAUUAAUGCACUGUCUAUUUUUUUUUUUUUUUAAGUGUCCUCCCUUUGCUUUUGGUUUGUGUCUUUUCUUGUACUUGUUCUUGUAGUUUUCUCGGUGCCAUCACAUAGCCUGUAAGACACCACCCAAAUAAGACUCAGAAAAAUGCUACUU